GCCAUAUAUAACCACACCCAUUGCAUAUAUUGCUUACACCUUUAUAGUACUACGUUUAGUACUGUAUCUUUUAUCAAUCGGUCACGUUAAUAUAGGUAAAUAUGGCGGUUAAGGAGAAGAAGUCGAAGGAGGCCGUGAUGCGUGCGGCCAUGGCCUCUCGCGGUAAAAGGAAGAAGUGGGUUAAGGUUAAGACCAAGGACAAGGCUAACCACGCUGUGUUUUUCGACAAGGCCACUUAUGAUAAAUUGAUGAGUGACAUUCCGAAGGCUCGUUUGAUCACAAUUUCUACUAUUGUUGACAAACUCAAGGUGAAUGCUUCUAUGGCCAGGAAGGCCUUGGCCCACCUUGAAGAGCAGAAGCUCAUCAAGCCUGUGUGUGAUCAGCACCAUGCUCAAAGGCUUUACACUAAGGCUUAAGCGUGUCUUCUUUAUGAUGAAACAGUAUCCUCAGUGCUCUGCACGAUGAAGGUUUGUCAUAGUUACACUGAAAGGAGGCAUAUGACACCGCUAAUAUCUAAUCACCAUUCAU